AUGGAUCCUUUCUUUAACCUCUUUAUAGGACAAAUUGAAUUGGUUUGUUACACUUUGAUCUUUAUUAGAUUUGUAAAGGAUAAUUCGAUGAUUUUAGGAUUUAUUGCAAUCCUGAUCUUACAACUCUCCAAGUUUAACAGAGAUCUAUUAUCAAAGUUUCUAAGCUUCAAUAUAUUCUUAAGAGAAACAGAGAAUGAAAAUUCAAGUAUUAAUUCAUCAAUGUCAUCCGAUCCCGAUCAUUUAGAUCAUGUAGAAGAUGAAACAAUACGAACGAUAAUGUAUAAGAUCAUCCACCUUUUACAAAGUUUGAUAGUUUUACAAACCAUCUAUGGUAUUAUUUAUCAUGCGAAAUUAGAUAUCGCUACAGAUGUUUGUUCUUAUAAAUUCGGAUUUUUCUUCUUGAAUCUCAUCGGUAAUAGCGAAGAAGAAUACAAUUGUUUGAGCAAACAAAACAAUGACAAGACUAUAUUUUGGUUAUUAGAUUUCAUAUUAUUAACAGUUCAGUUAACUUUGGUUACUUUAUCAUUGAACCCGGAGUUGUCCAUUAAUAACAUUAAUGAAGAGGGAAGGAGGACAUCAUUAGACCUCUCAGAUUUAAGGCAAGACUUGGAAACAAAUGGUAUAUUAAGUAUCUUAUGCUUUCAACAGCCAACGACGACAGGACGAUCUUCAUCUUCAUCGUCCACUGAUGUUGUUACUGGACAACAGGGUAACAUCCGCGGCGAAGAGAAUUUGACAUUCCCAGAUUCCGUCAACAAUAUGAAUACGAAUAGCAGCAACGAUAAUAACAACCAUACAUAUGGUGCAAUACUGGUAUGA